GGGAGGGAGGGAGGGAGGUCCGACCCUCCUCCCGGGCUCCCUUCCGUCAGUCCGUCUGUCUGGCAGGACCUCCCUUCCGUCUGGCCACCCCCGUCAAUCCCUUCUCAAGCUCCUAGGGACCACUGUGGAUUUGGGGACCAGCGAGCACCCCUGGGGCACUAGAGGAGCCCCUGCCACCUGCCCUGCCUCACCCUGCCCCACUCCAGGCCCAGCGGCCUCCGGCUGCAUCAAGUGGAGGAGGAGGAGGAGGCGGAGGAGGGUGGCACCAUGGGCCCGGGCCGUGCCCUCCAUGCCCGGGGGAUGAAGACACUGCUGCCAUGGACAGCCCGUGCCAGCCGAAGGCCCUGAAUCAGGCUCUCCCUCAGUUGCCAGGGUCUGUGUCAGAGUCUUUGGAGCCUAGCCGAGCCAGAAUGGGGGUGGAGGGUUACCUGCCCUGCCCUCUGCUGCCCUCCUACCACCAUCCAGGAGCAUCUGGUGAGGCCUCGGCUGGCAAUGGGACCUCCAGAACCACAGCCACCGCUACCACUACCACUGCCAGCCCCCUGCGGGAGGGCUUUGGUGGGCAGGAUGGUGGUGAGCUGUGGGCACUGCAGAGUGAAGGUGCCGCUGCGCUGGUCACCAAGGAGUGCCAGCGACUGGCGGCCCAGGGUGCCCGGCCUGAGGCCCCGAAACGGAAGUGGGCCAAGGAUGGUGGGGAUGCCCCUUCACCCAGCAAGCGGCCGUGGGCCAGGCAAGAGAACCAGGAGGCCAGGGGGGAAAGUGGUAUGGGCCGCGAUGGCGGUGGCAGCGGCACGACCAGUAGCAGUGGCGAGGCAAGUGCUAGGCUGAGGGACGAAGCCCGGCCCUCUGCACCUGAGCGCCUGGCCCUGGACUACAUUGUGCCUUGCAUGCGGUACUACGGUAUCUGCGUCAAGGACAGCUUCUUGGGGGCAACACUGGGUAGCCGUGUGCUGGCCGAGGUGGAAGCCCUGAAGUGGGGCGGGCGUCUGCGUGAUGGGCAACUGGUGAGCCAGCGGGCGAUUCCACCGCGCAGCAUUCGCGGGGACCAGAUUGCCUGGGUAGAAGGCCACGAGCCAGGCUGCCGCAGCAUCGGUGCCCUCAUGGCUCAUGUGGACUCGGUAAUCCGCCACUGUGCGGGGCGUCUGGGCAACUACGUCAUCAAUGGGCGCACCAAGGCCAUGGUGGCGUGCUACCCAGGCAAUGGGCUCGGGUACGUCAGGCAUGUUGACAAUCCCCACGGCGACGGGCGCUGCGUCACCUGCAUCUAUUACCUGAACCAGAACUGGGAUGUUAAGGUGCAUGGCGGCCUGCUGCAGAUCUUCCCUGAGGGUCGGCCAGUGGUAGCCAACAUCGAGCCACUCUUUGACCGGUUGCUCAUUUUCUGGUCUGACCGACGGAACCCACAUGAGGUGAAGCCAGCCUAUGCCACCAGGUACGCCAUCACUGUCUGGUAUUUUGAUGCCAAGGAGCGGGCCGCAGCCAGAGACAAGUAUCAGCUAGCAUCGGGACAGAAAGGUGUCCAAGUACCUGUGUCACAGCCAACUACACCCACCUAAUGGCCAGCCCCAGAGCUGCAUGGACCAGCAGCUCCCUGCCUCAGUGCCGGCUCCUUCCCUGCCACUGCUGCUGCUUCUGGCUUGCCUCUGUACUGUGUGGUGUGGAAGGCCCUAAGUGUCGUCUGAAGAGCAACAAGGAGAGACCUCUGCUCCCCAUGAGUGGGGCUGGGGUGCGAUCUAGGCGGUGGUCAGUAUGGCUGUGGCCUGUGGCCUGCCAUGUCUGGUCCACUGCAUGAUGAGGGGAGGCAGGAUUUGGGGUUGAGGUGAGUCACAGCCUCUUGCUGGCCGAGGUCUGUGGGGGGCACAUCACCCCUCCCCACUCCUCCAGCCUG